GUCGUGCUCUCGAUCCUGGGGUUCUACUGCAUCCGCCUGGUCAGGAUGGUUAUGGGCCUCAAUGGCCCCAGCAUCCACCGCCUGAAGACGUGGCUGGUGAUCAACGUUUUCUUGUGCGUCACGCGUGUGAACCAGCUGCUCAUGGUGACGUUCGGCUGCCAGACCUACGAUACUUCAAGGCUGAAUUUGAACACCCAGAUCAAUUGCUGGUCCGACGAGCACGUCCUGUGGCAGCUUCUUUCAUGGAGUGGCAUUGUCAUCUUCUCGAUCGGCGGGCCGUUCUUUCUCUAUCGGCUCCUGCGAAGCUUCGAGAAGCAAGAUCUCCUGCUGAAUGCUCGAGU